CUGCCCCGUGGGUGGGUCUGACCCCUGCCUCGGAGGAAGGGGCCCGCCCAGCAAGCAGGGAGCCGAGCCGCCCGGCCUAGUCCGCCAACGGGGAGGUGUUAACGAGCGGCGGGCACUGCUCCGCGUGGCCCCCCUCAGGCAAGCGAAGCCAGCGGAGGAGUCGCUACUGUGGUGGUACUACAAAGGGGGGGCUCAAGCCGAGGCGGUUUCUCUCUCAGGCGUCGCCGCCACCGUCAUCAUCUGCCCCAGCCAGCGGGGCUGGGCUAAGUCAGGCCAGGCGAAGGAAGGCAGUGCUGGCUGCUGCUGGUGGUGCGCCGGCGCGGCAGGCCCAGGCCGCCGGGCCCCGGAGAUGAGGCCAGGAUGUCGGUGUCAGGGCUGAAGGCCGAGCUGAAGCUCCUCGAGUCCAUCUUCGACAAGGACCACGAGCGCUUCCGCAUCGUCUCCUGGAAGCUCGACGAGCUCCACUGCCAGUUCGUGCUGCUCCCCUCGCCGCCGCCGCUUCCCCCUCAGACCACGACGACGACGGCGAACAACCCCGCCACCACGGCCGGCGGGAGCUGCCCACCUCAGCCGCUCACCAUCCACUGCAACAUCACGGAGUCUUACCCCUCUUCAUCGCCAAUAUGGUUUGUGGAAUCAGAUGACCCCAACUUGACUUCAGUGUUGGAGCGUUUAGAGGAUAUUAAAAAGAGCAAUACUUUGCUUCUCCAACAACUGAAACGAUUGAUAUGCGACCUCUGCAGAUUAUACAAUCUUCCUCAGCAUCCAGAUGUUGAAAUGUUAGAUCAGCCAUUGCCAGCAGGCCAGAAUGGAACGAUUGAAGAGGUUACAUCGGAAGAAGAGGAGGAAGAAGACAUGGGUGAAGACAUCGAUCUGGAUCAUUAUGAUAUGAAGGAGGAAGAGCCUGUCGAUGGGAAGAAAUCUGAGGAUGAUGGCAUUGAAAAAGAGAACCUGGCAAUCCUGGAAAAAAUCCGAAAGAAUCAAAGGCAAGACCACCUAAAUGGUGCCGUCUCUGGGUCUGUCCAGGCUUCAGAUCGACUUAUGAAAGAACUCAGGGAUAUAUAUAGGUCGCAGAGUUACAAGUCAGGGAUUUAUUCGGUGGAACUUGUAAACGACAGCCUGUAUGAAUGGCAUGUAAAGCUUCUAAAGGUUGAUCCUGAUAGUCCAUUACAUAGCGAUCUUCAAGUCUUAAAAGAAAAAGAAGGUGUAGAAUAUAUUUUGCUCAACUUCUCUUUUAAGGAUAACUUUCCCUUUGAUCCUCCAUUUGUGAGAGUGGUCUCUCCUGUGCUCACUGGCGGGUAUGUUCUCGGUGGAGGUGCAUUAUGCAUGGAACUUCUUACUAAACAGGGUUGGAGCAGCGCCUAUUCCACAGAAUCAGUCAUCAUGCAGAUCAAUGCUACGUUAGUCAAAGGAAAAGCCAGAGUACAGUUUGGAGCAAAUAAGAACCAAUAUAACCUAGCAAGAGCACAGCAGUCCUAUAAAUCCCUAGUACAGUUACAUGAGAAAAAUGGUAUGUAUGGCUGGUUCACACCUCCCAAAGAAGAUGGUUAAUACUGUGGACUUUUCAUACACUUGGACCAAUGUCAGUAAAAGAUUUUCCUUCCAACACAGAUUCAAGCUAUGAAUGCCCCUGUAACAGCCAUACUGAAGACUCUAGCUCAUAGAUAAUUAGUGGAUAAUCUGCUGACUGACACAUCCAGUAUCAGCUGUACAAUUCUGCUCUUCUGUCAAGUAUCUUCAACUGAACAGUUUUAAGACUUUACAUAUUGUCCCAAUGGAUUAAGCUUCCCAAUCCUCACUUGAUUUUAGAGUGUAAAUCCUUCAAACUGGGCUCUCGGGGUUUACUAAAAUAUCAGUCAGUAGAAACUUUUUUCCCCCAACCAACGUUUGUAUGCACUUAUUUUUUUUCCCAGACUGCAGAGAACUGCAAUAUAUUUUAUUUAAAGCAAACCAAGUUGAAUAAAGUUAGUUUAAUGAUAUGCUACAAAGUUUUCAGGUCUCAUUAAAUUAGACUCUUUUUUUCCCCUGGCCUAAAAUUGAAAGCAUUUAUAGUAUUGCCAAAUUUGAUGACGAUGAUGAUAUAGAAAAACUGUAAUGUUAAAUCAUUAAACUUUUUUCUUUCAUGGCUGUGUUGAGGAUAUGAACUGUUUUUGGGCAGAGAUGUUCUUGAGUUGUCCUGCUGCUUCAGCAGAGCCAGGCUGUGCCAAUAGAACUUUGCAACUAGUCAUAUCCACUGGGGCAUCAAUUUUUUGCUGGGCUACUCUACUACUUGUUGGCUCUUGUAUCUCCUUUGCAAGAAGGAGCCAUAGGUAUAAAGCUUGAAGUUAUUUAAAAUACUAGAAACCUUCUUUAGGCAUUUGAUUCUAUUAACGGGUUGUUGCAAUCAUCUGUAGACUAAUGAACUUUAAAAAGCAAUUGGCAGAAAUCAAGAAGACACUCCUUUUUUUAAAAACAGUUUUUGAACAAAAGCAACAGUAACAAGUCCCAGGAAUCUCUUGGUUCAGAGUUUUUUUUAAGAAGGUUGCCAUAGUUGUGACCAUGGUUUUGUUGAAAAACUAAUGGGGAACUGCUCUUCCUUUUAGGAAAUGAUCUGGAUCUGUAACUGCUGUGGGUUGGUAACUGCUAUAUCAUUGCCUUACCUUUUAAAAAAAUCAGGUGUGGUUUUUAUUUUUGGUGGUUGAAAUUGAGUAGACCUUUCUGUUCACAUAAAUUAAGGGUAUAAGCACUUUUUUUUAGGACUCCAGAAAUGUCUCAGCCCUCCUUCCUCUCCUUGGGGGGCGGGAUAUUAAAUUUGUGUUUUUUGGUGCCCAGCAUUUGGUCACAUAUGCUGUUUUUUGGCUUGGAAGAUUAGAAGGAUUUUGCCUGGUCCAAGACUGUUUCAUGUAGUCUUUUUGGGACUGGUGUGGAUGACUUUACAGCUUCCUUGUUUAUUUGGUUGUACAUAUUAUUCUGAUAAUCUCGUUAGCAGCCAUAAAUCAGAGGCCAAAUUCUGUAAGCAUUUCUGCAGCUCCUUUUAAAAACCAGAGGCUAAAACUUUGAAUGCAUUAUUGAAUUCUUUCAUAUUCUAAUGGACUAGCAGAAUGACAGGUGCACACUUGGCUUGCUUUUUAUUGUUUUUGAGUUUCAUUUUUCAUUGCAGAAUUAUUUAGCAGUGUACGGUAAUCUGUAAACUUGCAUCAAGUUUAUGAAUAAAGAACCAUUUUAAGAAUUCUGUUUCUAGUUAGUAUCUCUGGAAGAGUCUGCUUUCAAUGACUGAGUGUGGUAUCUUUUUGUAGUUGAUGUUUUGUGAACAUGAGAAAUGGCAUGCAGUGCUAAAAAUCUAUCAUGCUGUGCACUAAUAUAAUAGUUAAAAAGCAUAAACCCAGUCUCUCUAGUGGUAGUGCUUAAGGUCAUAGUAUCACUGACUUAAGGACUUACUAAUAUGUCUCACACUGUUUUCUAAAAUACUAAUCAAGACAAAUGGU